CUGCAAGCUAUGAGAGGAAUUCUCUUUAACACUUAGCCUUAAACUGAGUUCCCCUCCAGCUCUAAGCCAGGAGCAGCUCUCACUACUGGGAGAGGCACAGAAUAGUCGAGCUAGCUCAGCCACAUGAGAAGCUUUGGAGUCCAGAUCGCAGCACAGAGGACACCGGGCGCCCCUUCCAUCCUCCAAGGAGCUUUGUAUUCUCGCACCUGGCUGCCUUAGGCAGUAACAGACACACAGAGCAGGGGUAAGACCGUGUGAAUAUGUCGAAACAACCAGUUUCCAAUGUCAGAGCCAUCCAGGCCAAUAUCAAUAUCCCAAUGGGAGCCUUUCGGCCAGGAGCCGGACAACCCCCCAGAAGAAAAGAAUGUAAUCCUGAAACGGAGGAGGGUGCUCCCCCUGCCUCAGAUGAGGAGAAGAAGCCAAUUCCAGGAGCUAAGAAACUUCCAGGACCUGCUGUUAACCUAUCGGAGAUCCAGAAUAUUAAAAGUGAACUGAAAUAUGUCCCCAAAGCUGAGCAAUAGUUGAAAUAGAAAAGGUUUGAUGUGAAGAAUUAAAGAGAAAAAAUGGAUUCAAAUGAAUACAGCUCACUAAAAUUUUAUAUAUUUGUAUGAAGAUCAUGAAGCCCUAAAUGCCUAAGAUGAGCAGAAAUGGCCUGUUUUUACAUUUAUAUCUCUUCCUUUUAGUUGGCUGCAUUUCUCAUUUUAAUUUAUUGUCAUUUUUGGCACCUUGCAGAGCAAAUCAGUCGAUGAGUUCACCACCUGGAGGGUGCAGGCUUGAGGAAUUUGAUUUCAUGGAGAGAGAUAUGGCAAUGUGCAGAAUGAUCAUUUUGAUGGAAAGUUCUCUAAGCUACUUCCCACAGUAUUUUGGUCAAUAUUUGGAUUGUAUUUUGGUUCUUCACCUUUUAAAUCACAUCAAUAAACUUUUUAUCUGUUCAAAAAAUA